AUGGCGGAAGUCCAGUCUCAGACCCCAACCUUCAAGCUCGUCCUUGUCGGCGACGGCGGUACCGGAAAGACCACCUUCGUCAAGCGCCAUUUGACCGGAGAGUUCGAGAAGAAGUACAUUGCCACGCUCGGAGUCGAGGUCCACCCUCUCGGAUUCACCACGAACCUCGGACAGAUUCAGUUCGAUGUUUGGGACACCGCCGGCCAGGAGAAGUUUGGUGGUCUGCGCGAUGGAUACUACAUCAACGGCCAGUGCGGUAUCAUCAUGUUCGACGUCACCUCGCGCAUUACCUACAAGAACGUGCCCAACUGGCACCGCGAUCUUGUCCGUGUCUGUGAGAACAUCCCAAUCGUUCUUACCGGCAACAAGGUCGAUGUGAAGGAGCGCAAGGUCAAGGCCAAGACCAUCACCUUCCACCGCAAGAAGAACCUCCAGUACUACGACAUCUCCGCCAAGUCCAACUACAACUUCGAGAAGCCAUUCCUGUGGCUCGCACGCAAGCUUGUCGGCAACCCAGCUCUGGAGUUCGUCGCUGCUCCAGCUCUCGCGCCACCAGAGGUUCAGGUUGACCAGGCCGUUAUGGCGCAGUAUCAGAAGGAAAUGGAGGAUGCGUCCAACAUGCCUCUUCCCGACGAGGACGACGCCGAUUUGUAG